UACGUUGCCUCACAAGUGGCUCCAGUACCAGUGAACCAUGGGAGAACUAGACACGACGUAUGGUGCCACCUUAAUUGGCGUGUGUGCAUCCGCCAUACUUUACGGCAUCACGAACCUGCAAGUGUACAUCUACUUCCGAGCAUACCCUCAAGACGAGCUCUGGAACAAGAUAUCAGUCUGCUGGCUCUGGGGUUUGGACUCACUACACCUCGCAUUCUGCAUAUAUAUGAUGUAUUGGUACCUCAUCACCAAUUUCUGUGUUGUCGCAGAAUUGGGGUGCUUCAACAUCCAGACAUUCUUCGCGUCAAAGGCAUUUGUCAUACUCAGCGUGGAUACAUUGUAUACAUUUCGCGUCUGGAAGCUAGAUGCUACAGCCCACAAUUUUCGUGGAUGGCGUCGCUUGAGACCCGUGUCUAUGGUCAUUUCGAUAGCUCUGUGCGCUGGGUUCGAGUCUUGUAAUACAGUGCUCUGCUAUGAGAUCAUGCAAAUGGACCAGUUCUCACGGCCUUGCGACCACAAUACUUGGCGCUGGAUCACGUACUAUCCCGUGGGUACUGCCACAUGCAUUGACAUUCUCAUCGCCGCCUCGCUUUGCCAUCUCCUCUCGCGACACCGCACUGGCUUCCGGAAGACGGACUCUCUUAUCAACUGGUUGAUGUUCUACACAUUGAACACGGGCCUAGUCACAAGGUCUCUUGCCGUCUUCCCUGAAACAUUCCUAGUGAUCACAUUCGAGUUCCUCAUGGUCAAAUGUAUGUGCUGCAGCUACCUCACGUAUGUCGCACUGAUUCCCUCCCAUAGUAUACGUGAAUUCAUAUCUCGCUAUGCUCAACGCCCGCAAUUCACUACGCAUACUGGGAGAUGAUGCGCCAGACGACAUUGCCCUACAACCACGCAUCACAAAUUCGUCAAACUCAGUCGGCGAGGUCAAGGGCGGGACGUGGGGUUCCGAUUCAGGCGCCACCAUGAUAGGCAGUGGUUUACGAGCCGGCGGGGGCAACAGCCUCGCAGCGAAAGUUGGCCUUCGCCCCCAUGUGCACAGUGAUGUCAACGCCACCUACGAAGAGGCAGGAUCAACGAGGUACAAGUAUGUAGACGGGCUAUUGUCCAUUUCACAAGAAGCUAGUACAGGUCUACGCUCGUACUACGCUGCCGACACAGGUCCGAAUGUGGACGAAGUGUGGCGGCCUACGUUACAUAGGCCUUCUCCAGCAC